GUGAAAGUGAAAGCCAAAUAUACACCAUGAAGUACCUGCUCAGCAUGACCUUGCUGCUGGCCAUCGGCCUCCAGCAGAUCGACGCCCACGGCAUGAUGCUGUCCCCGCCCAGUCGAUCCUCCCGUUGGCGCUACGAUGGAUCCGCCCCCCAGAACUGGAACGACAACGAACUCUUCUGCGGCGGAUUGAACACGCAGGCCAACAAUGGAGGUCGCUGUGGACUGUGCGGCGACAACUUCCUGGAUGGCCAGCCGCGUGCCAACGAGAUCGGAGGAAGCAUCGGAGGAGCUGGCGUGGUGACCAGGAGCUACGUGGCAGGCAAUAGCAUCACCGUGGGCGUGAAGAUCACCACCAACCACUUGGGCUAUUUCGAGUUCCACCUGUGCAACUUGGAUGCCUUCGGUGGCGAGUCGGAGGAGUGCUUCGAGCAGAACCGCCUGCGAUUCCCCGAUGGAAGCGACAAAUUGUACAUCGGCACCCAGAACGGCGAAUUCGACGUGACGGCGGUUCUGCCACAGGGUCUUACCUGCUCUCACUGCGUCCUCCGCUGGACCUAUGUGGGUGGCAACAACUGGGGCAUCUGCGAUAGUUCCGGAAACGGAGCCUUGGGUUGUGGCCCCCAGGAAACCUUUAAGAACUGCGCCGAUGUGAGCGUCUACUGGGGUCGCAACCUGGUCAAGGAGUUGGUCAGUGGAGCAGAGCCAGUGGCUCCCGUCGAGGUCGCCUGAAAAUCCAGACUGAAAUUUUAAGAACUGCCAUUUAUGUCUGAAAAUGCCAAAUAGUCAGCCAAAGCUAUAUAAAUAAACGAGUGAACAUU